AUGCAAGCCGAUGGAGGGCAACGCUCAGAAGUCGAGAAAGGACUCCCCAAUGGCUGGCUACCCCGAUCAUUGCGCCGGAGUUACCUGAUCUUUUUAGCUGGCCUCUUUCUAUUUAUGCUUGUGAUCAUUGAAGUCCUUCGCCAAUACUCGAGGAGGCAAGGAGGAAUUGUUCACUGGAAAUGGGAAGAAGACCUCCCGACAGUUAUUUGGGGAGCCUAUACCUAUCUGCCGCUGGUUGCUGCUUUACUGGCAAUCAAUCUCCUCGAUAUCUGCGCUCAGGAUGUACAACGCCUCGAGCCGUUUUUCCAAUUAUCCAAACCCGAGGGUACGCCAGCCAGCGUGCUGUUCCUCAAUUACUGCUGUAAUGGGGUCUCGGCCUCCGUGACUGCUCUGCGCAGCCGCCAUUGGAUUGUCUUGGGCACUGCGUUCAUUUCAUUACUCUUCCGCUUAUUCCUUCCUACGCUACUGGCAGGCCUGGUGGUUCUGGAUGAAGGAAAUUUCUAUGAACAGAUACUGGUCAAGACUUGGCCUUCGUUGAUCGAUUUGGACAGCCAGAAGGCUUGGCUGUCUGCUGGUGCUUCACGCCUCGGUCCUCUAGGCUCAUCAGAUUUUGAUAGCUUUUUCUUGCCAGCUCCGUUGAAUUACGCCAUCCCGCCAACCUCGAUCCCGUUCGACGAACAAAACGAUAGCUCUUUGUUGACUCUCAACGAAACGAUCUAUUGGUCGAACAUGACUUGCGUGACGAGCACUCUAGAAGGAUCUUCGUCACAAAUCAGUACAAAGCUCAAUUCAAUCACAUCAAAUGUCAACGAAACCUGGUCAUGGAGCAUCCGGAAUGUCACUGUUGGCAACAGAGAGAAUCUCAAUCGUUCUCAAUGCCAAGUCAGCAUUGAGUUGGACACCCGCAUUCUGUCUAGAAAGGAAAACGUCCAAGCAAGAUAUUGGGAGCCUGUGAAUGCUGCCUCGAAUUUGGACGUCGCAUCCGCCUUCUGGAGUAACUGUACUUCUUUCGAUCUUUUCGGAGUGAUGAUAGAUAUGAAAAUUGCCGCGGAAAAUGUUUCUGAUCCAAGCGUAACGGUACUAGCCUGUACGGGCAGCUAUCGUCAAGCGCAGGCUGAUGUUACUUUCAAUUCCAACGCCUCCAUUGCGGAUGUGUCUACAGAUUCUUCUACCAUCCGAUCGCUUGAUCCCACUGAGUUCUAUGUGGAUGGCAUACACGAUCUCAUCGCAUCUCGGUAUUUGUCGGCACAGAUUCCUCCAAUUAUAGAAGACACCUCUCCUUUCAAUUCUUCCAACUCUACGACUCAGAGCUCUAAUGGAGUUAUCAUUGCCACUGCUCGUGAUCUACUAAGCUCUCAAGAUUACCAAGAACAAAUCCGACGAUUUUGGAAUAAUAAGUUUAUUGUCACAGUCGACAGAAUGUUCAGCCCAGCUGCAGGUCCGACGCUCGUCGAGGCCAAACAGCAGACGAUUGUUGUCAUCCUGGUCGUCGCGCCGAAGGCUGCUGUCAUUGCCGAAACCAUCCUCCUAUUGGGUCUCGUUCUCGUUGGUUUUUUGGCAAGUAUAUAUCAACGCCGGCCGAAUUUCUUGCGAUGGGAUCCUGGUUCCAUCGCUGCCCAGUGUGCUAUUAUUGCUUGUCUUUUCACUGCCUCCUCUAGGGCCAUGCUAUCAGAUCCAGCUUUUCAACGAGCAACUACACGUCAACUUCGGCAGUGGGCAAGUGAUAAACGGUGCCAAUGGUCAAAUGAGUCUGGAGAAAAGCAAAUUCAAAUCGUCAGUCACAGCGAAGUCUCCUUGUCGUCUUCUUUGACCCCAAGAAAGCGGCCCGACCCAAUGCCCCAUUUCUUGACCUUGCCAUGGUUCCUUGUCGAAUGCUUUUUAAUGAUGGGUACACUGGCUGUCUUUGGAGUCAGCCUGGCUUACCUCCGAUGGAAGAACAUUAAUUCGUUCUUAAGUACUGGAGCGACGGUGGCUAUGAUUUUCUUGAACUACGGACCAACCGCAAUUGCCUCGAUCAUUGGAUCCUUCAUCACGUCCAUUUACCGUCACCUCAGUGCCAUGGAACCCUGGAUUCGAUUACAGGAUGGGAUGGCAUCGACACAGCAGUCUGUCAUUGAGAACUAUGGGAUCCAGACGCCCUUUCUUCCAUUGGUAGACCGGCGUCACCGCAGACCGGCCAUCCUUGUCGUUCUGUCACUGGUGUGCCUGGGAGAUUUAGGACUCAGAGCAUUGAGCGGUGGGCUGUUUACUCCGCAAUUGAGGACCUACUCGUCGCCUACCUCGGUUUUAUAUAACAAGUACAACUCAUCCGCGCUUUCAGCAGAUGCUAAUCGAACGGCAAUUGAUGUAUCUCUGCUUAUCACCAGCCGGGUGUUGAACAAUGUUACCUAUAUUUCUUGGGCCUCAACAGACGGAGAUUUCUUUUUCGUUCCAUUUGCGAUCAAUGAUCCUUCCGAUGACGAGUACGCUCUCUAUGAUACAACCACGCGCGGUAUCGGAGCAGAUAUCGACUGCCAAGUGAUUUCAUCCUACUCAUCUUCGACCGACUCCAGUUCUGGAUCAACUAUCUGGAACUAUGCUUUGACAGGAGAUGAAAAGAUGCCGACCUGUACAGUUGAAAUUCCAACGAACACAUCGAAUCACGUCAGCCGGUCGAAGUGGUCUGUCCAGCUAUUUUCACCUAAUGGAACCGAUAGUCGUUGUCAAAAUACCACCAUUUUCGUCCUCGCAUCCUGGAAUUCAACCAGCACAGCCGAUGCAAACGCCACGGACUCAUUAGCUUUGCACUGUCACUCGAAAGCCCAUAUCCAAGACUUCAAGAUUGACUUUGAUUUCAGCGGAACCAUCCAGAAUCAAGAAGCCGUUCCAGGAAGCUCAAUCACCAGCGGCCAGCUCUUUACAAACGGGACAGAUAUCCUCGACAACUUUAACGACAUGUUGACUACAUCCCCUACAAACUUGCCCUCACAUAACCUUUCCUCGCAAAACUCUUCCUCUCAUCGACAUUUACAUCAUCAUCAUCAUCAUGACUGGCCGGGCCGUUUAAUAGCGCAUGCAUACAACACAUCAUAUCCCAACACCACUGAUAUGAAUUCCAAAGACUUGAUCAAGACAGUUCGAUAUGUCUAUCAGAAUUUGUUCAGCACUCAUCUGGCUCUUUGGAAAGACGAGUAUCUUUUCCGAUUACCUUCAAAAUCUGCUACUCAGGCACGUGGGGUGACCACAGAAACUCUCUGGGGCUUAAUGCCAUCCAACAGCUUGGUCGUUAUCAUAAUCUGUCUUGUUUGCAUUGAUACAGUCGCCUUGACAUCCGUUUUCAUACUCCGGUAUAGAAGAUAUAGAGGACCGCGAGUUCCUCGAUGCAUUGGAUCGAUCAUCCCGUGGGUUGUGGACAGUCGCAUGCUUGACGACUGUGGCGAUACAUAUGACAUGAGCCAAAGUGAACGGGAGAAGCACUUACUUGAAAAAGAUUGUAGAUAUCGCCUUGGAAACUUCUCCACUGGCAACGAGCAGCAAUUGGCUCUUGAUUACGAUACCCGUCAUUCAUCUGAACAGAUCGAGUUGAACGAGUUGCCACGCACUAACUAA